AGGGCUGGGGCGGUGGAACAGAACAGGUUCCCGCUCGGGCAGCGCUGUGGUGCGGCCGGGCUCCUGCUCCUCACGGGCUGCCGGGGCUGGUCUCUGUGGGCCCCGCUGCGGAUGGGCUGGGCCGUCCCUUUCCUCCGGGGUCCGGCAGGGUGGUGUCCACCCAGCUGGUGGUGAGGAGCUUUCAUCCAACACCUGGUGCAGCUGCUCUGCUGACUCUCCUGCGAAAUAAGAGCUUGGAUUUAAAACAAAGCAACAGCUCAGAAGGCAAAAGAGAGGUAGCUGGGCAUGAAACACAAUUUCUGCUGACCAAGAUCAGCAGCAGAAUACAAGGAAAGAGACAAUGUCUUCCGAAACAACCCAGCAGGAAAGUCAGACAUCUCCAUUAAAGCAAACUGGAUGGCCAAUGUUCUAUUGUCCAGUCUCACAAACUAAUGAUGCUGGAGAAGUUGCAAGAAUCCGUAAAGAAUGCAAAAAGGAAAGUUUCUGGUACAGAGCUCUUCCUCUGUCUCUUGGGAGCAUGCUUGUCACCCAGGGGCUAGUCUCAAAAGGCAUUUUCUCAGCAAGCCCAAGAUUUGGUGCAUUACCUAAGAUGGCAAUUGCUGGUGUCUUAGGCUUUGCCAUUGGAAAGAUGUCAUACGUAGGAGAAUGCAAAAAAAAGUUCCAGAAAAUUGGUAUUGUACCAUGUCGUCCGCAACAAAAAAGGCAUUGUCAUCAUACUUGCAAAGAAUGUGAAGCAAAACGGAGAUCAAAUGAGAAAGAAGGUUCAGUUCCUGCAGCAUCUUAGUCCCAGAUGUGGUGAAGAUGAUAAGAAAUCUUACGGAUCAGCUUCUUCGUUCAAGGUUUUAUUCUGUAAAGAAGAAAUAAUUACUUUUGCUUGGUGUAAAUCUGCUUAUUUGAAGUAGUUGCAUGAUGUUACUUAGUUCUGUUCAUAGUAAAUACCAAUUUCUUGUAAUGCGCUCCUUUCCUCUUCUCUCUUCUCAGCAUGUUUUGGUUUAUUUUCCUCCCUUCAGUGCAAUUUAGCUCUUAGUGCUGAAAAAAUAAAUGUAUCUAUUGUAGUUGGGUGCUGGCAAUACUUCGUGUAGCAACGCAAAAGGCAUACACUGGAAUGUUUGUCUUCCAUGUCAGAAGGAAAGAGUGCAAGGAUGUUGAAAUGACUUUGCAGAGUUAGGCAGCUAUUCCACCUCUGUGCUGCCUCUUUGUUUAUGGACUGUUUUAGGAGUACUAAGCUAGAAGUCCAUUAUGGUAUUGUCACACUGCAGUUACUGUGCUAAGCCAACUUUUAACAGGCUACGUUUACAUAAAAGUCCACAUUGUCAGGGUUAUCAAAAGCAUGUGCCACGUUCAUAAUGGACAAGAAGAUCCAGUAUUUUGGAAUGGUUUAUGGGCUGCACGCAAUCCAGUACGUGUUGAGAAAAAGCUAGAUGGCCCAUUCUCUUUAUGAACAGCAUGACGUGCAGACUUCCAUGAAACAUCUCAGGAAAUCUAAAGCGGACGCUUCCCCUAAACACAGUGAUGGUGUUCACAUGGAAAGCAAGCGUGCAGCUACUGAAAAACUGGGGCUUCACUGACAGUCAAUGGAGUGCUUUUUGUUUGCUUUUAUACUCUGCCUACUGUUAGCCCCCCUCUUUGAACCAGCUUCUUUGGGCAUCUUUACCUGGGCACAAAGAGGUGCUGCAGGCAGGACAGGUAAAAUGUAGAAGUACAAAGUAUCUAUUGAUUGGUUACUACACACAAAAGACAUUCUGGGUUUAAGAAGCUGUUAGGCUAAAUGCACACCACCUUGAUAAGGCAUUUGGAGAGUCUUUCUUAGCUAGGCUGCAGGAGAAGGGUGAGACUAACUACCUUGCUUUUUCCUUUAAGAUUUUAUACCUUUCCAACCUGGUGUUUGCCCUCUUAAAUUCUGGAGCUACUGAACACCGCUGUCUCGACAGGGGCUUUAAUUUUACAGAUUUUACCUUUCUGCAGCUGUUUAUCAGCAGCCUGAGCUGUGCAAUAUCAGAGCUGAUGCUUGGUGUCCAGGCAGGGGCGCCUUCAGCAGGGGCUGCAGGGCAGGAGGGUUACACAGCCACAGAGAAGUCGGCCUCCUUUUGAAUAUAACAUUGUUGUCACAGCUGUGCUGUGAUGGACAGCAAAACUUGUGUGGUGAUCUGUCUUAGCUACUUUCCCUUCACCUGACAUCUGCUCUCAAGGUAACAACAACCACGUGCACCAAGGUUGGUCACACCUGGGCUGUCUGGGGCAGGUCAUCACAUCCAUGCGGUGCUGAGGAGAUCCAUGUGUGUGACAGAACCCUUUAUGUCAGACCCGCAGAGGUUUUUCUUGUGGUCAGUGUUACCUCCUGAGGUUACCACUUAGCUGCUUAACUUUGCUUUAAAUGUGAUUUUGUUCAGGCUUCCUAUUACUUACCGGUAAUAAAUGUGCUGUUAUAAAAAAAAAAA